CACGCUCUAUAUAAACGCGCGCGCCUACACACUUCACAGUACAGUAAACGCAACUGAACUUUGACAGAAGUCAAGCUGAACCCUUAAGGAUAUACGACUCUAAAGGAUCUAUUGCACUUGUUUUAUAUUUCUCUAUUUGGAUACAACCUCGGAUUAUACUAAAUCAUGCCUGUGUCCCGAAUGCGCAUGCGACCCUGGCUGGAGUCUAAAGUGGAAUCCAACACAAUCGCCGGACUCGUGUGGGUCGACAAGGACAAAAUGAUGUUCUCAAUCCCAUGGAAACAUGCUGCUCGCCACGGCUGGGAGGUGGACAAAGAUGCUUGUUUGUUCAAGCAAUGGGCCAUCCACACAGGUAAAUUCAGGGAAGGAGUGACCCAGCCUGACCCCAAAACAUGGAAAGCAAAUUUCCGCUGUGCCAUGAACUCUCUACCAGACAUCGAAGAGGUAAAGGACAAAAGCGUCAACAAAGGCUGUGGCGCCGUGAGGGUCUACCGCAUGCUGCCUGCCGUCACCAAAAAGAAAGACAAGAGAUCUAAGAGCCGAGACGGCAGAAAGCGUGCGAAGACUUUGUCGUCAAAGGUCAAAAUGCAGGACACAGAUGAAAGAAUUACUCAGGAGAACACCAUCGACAGCACUGAACAUCUAAGCACCACCAGCCCUACCGUUGAGGUCCCAGAGAUGUCUGGGUUUGAAGUGGAAAUUGGCCCCGACAGCACAAACGAUAAUUACUUGAGCAAGUUUCAGGUGUCACCAGUUCACGAGACAGACUUCGAGGAAGAUGCCAAUGAAGCCAUCAUUGAGAUCACACGGCAAUUGGAACGCGAUAGUUCGCAGUGGCUACAAAAUUUCCAAGGAAAGGGGUUCCUGGCCAAUGAAGGAGCCACAACAGAGUCUCUCAGUCCAGAGAGCCAGUGGAGCGAAAGCUCAGGAGAAGAGCUUGAAUUUUGCUUAUAUACAGAACUGAACUCGGGCCUGCCUGAAGUCUCUGACAUGUGCACCUACACGGAGAUGUGGAACAGCAACAGCACCGUGCCACAUCAGCCGCUCAUGUGUUCUCUCUGAGAGCCUUGGGCAAAUGAACUCUUUUUUUCUUACCUCAGACUCCAUCCAGUAGACUCUUUCGCUCAUGGACUCAGAUCAAGUCAACCUUGUACCUCAGGCAUACUUCAAAGUCUUGAUCCAUUCGAAUGCAUCCACCUGGACAUUUUAUAUCAAGCUUCUUGUGUGUGUUUCACUCCAGGCCACAAUCCCUAAUUCCAGUCAGAUAUGUGUUACUUUGUGUCAUUGUCGUCAUAUCAGCUCUUUUGCUUUUUAAUAGAUUCACCCUUGUUCUUGCAAUCUCGGACUUGUCAAACGUUGUAAUGACGUUUCGAGGAAAGUUUCAUAUCAGUUGGAGCAUAGAAUAGCAAAUGUCUUAUUAAAUUCGGGGUUGUGGAUUUGAUGCCAGUUGUACAGCUUAAAUCUCAUCUAAUGUGAAUUUGUCUGAUUCCGUUACAUGCUCACGUCAGGGGUUUCUUACACAUUACUCAUAUACAUAUAUAGCAAUCAUCAAAUGAAGCUGUUGAAUUAUGGAAUGGGGUUAUUCACUGUACAUAAUGUAAAUAUUUAUUUGUAAUAAAAAUUUGAAAAAUGA